AAGUGACGUGUUCGGAUCUGCUGAUGUUCUCGCUGCCCAUAGCGGUCUCUUUCGCACCACUGCCCGUGUAUCCGGGGGAGCGAGUCGACACCAUGUUGACACACCUCCAACGCGAUCGCAUGUUUACAAAAUUUUCAGUUGUUGACAACUCGUUGUGCACUAUAUGAGGCGAGACUGCUAUGUUUUUCUCAAACCAUUUUGAGCCAAGCAAAGCAAGUGAACAGAAGUGUGAUCUUUUUUUUUUAUCCCAGAACCAGAACUUUCAGACUGUGAAAUAUCAAAGCAGCAAAUUAUAGGAGUUGGACUGCCUUGAAUCAAACGGAAGAACAUUUUGGCUAGUGAUUUUCGGUGUGUGCUAUUGCCGCAGUGAUUGGGAGUUGAACUCAAGGACAAAUUGUUGAAGUGAAAAGCGUGCACGGAAAGGAAAAGAGUGACGACGUCUGGUAUAUGAUGCAAAUUUGAGCACUAAAUUAUGUACAGCGAGUAUAAAAAAGCGGGCAAACUUUUCUCGGGAUGCGGUUUGAUGUCGUUCGUUGGCCUUGUGAGCUACGAGGCUUAUCGGAUACAUUCCGCCCUGAGUAAUUUGGUGGACACAAGAGUGUUGGACAUUGAUCGGAAGCGCCCGGACUAUAUUUAUAUCAAACAUCACAUCUACAGGCAAUCGCUGCUGGAGCAGCUGGAACAGGAAAGACAGGAUGGAAGGUUGGUGAAUGUCGUGGUCCAACCCUUCGAGAAGUGGUGGAAAACGUUCAAACAUUCGGUUGCCUGGAGACUGCUGAAGAUUGCCCAAGAGGGCGAUCAAAGUGAGCGACUGAAAGCGGUUAGGCAAUUGGCACUCAUUGACCAUUUAAAAGGUAAGAUGAACUAUGCAAACCAUGUGGUGCAAUAUUUGAAUUGGUUUCACAAUGUUUCAGAUUGGGACUUUCAGCAUUUGGCCCAACUGUGCGACGCGCAGACGGCAGUCUCUUUAGCCCGUUCGAACUGUGAUUCUCGUUGGUUCCUACCGCCCCGGCAGUAUGGAGUGGAAAAGGAAAUCCAUGAGGUUUUGGUUGAAGUUAAAGGUCUGAUCGAAAAACUAGUUCCGAACAAAUGCGCUGAAUAUGUGCUGGAACACACAUUCACACCGAUCAAAGAACCAGUUGGAGAUGAAGGUGUCAGUUAUAGGGUUAGCGUGACGCAAUUCGAGACGGAAACGCUCAAGCAAGCACUCAGUGCUCUUGUCCAUUUGACAACCACCGAAGAGAACUGCCGGAAGAUAAUCGAUGCUGGUGGACUGCUAGCGUUGAUAGAAGUGGAGAAGCAUUUCAAAGACAGUAUCGAUAUUAAGCUAAUGUUGUCUCGGAUUAUGGCGAAUUUGUCUGUUUGUGAAGACCGAGCGUACGAUUUCUUCGCGAGCGGAUGGAUCGGUAUCAUGUCACGCUGGCAGAAAGAUAUUGACAUGCGGAUGCAGGUGACCACCGAUAUUGCGCUAUCCAAUCUGGACCGAGAUGACCCGAAUGGUUUUAACUACGAGUCAAAUGUGUAUCCCCUCUAUCCUAAGGGCCGGAGGAAAAAUAAACCAGAUGUGGAUGUGGUGUUCAUCCAUGGUUUGUUAGGAGGAGUAUUCGUAACCUGGCGACAGAAGGAUCUCAAGCCGCAGGCGGCCAGUCUCCUAGGUAAGAAACAUGUAUCUGUUAAUCUCGUUUCAUCGCUCGCCAAAGGUGACAAUGGUGAUGGGAGGGCCGAAACAUCUUCAACUAACACUCCGACGACCACAACGACGACGACCAGAGAUAGUUCCAUCCCGACCAAAUUUCCGCUGUUCUAUUGGUCCGCAAAAAAGUCUUCUUUCGACGAAGAUCAGGCGGGGAUCCGCACCGAAGAGGGUAUCACGUCGUACAAGGAUGAGCUGCUCCCACUGCAACAGAGCCCGAAAAAGAUUCGCCCCUCUAUCAGUGACACCGCUACCAAAGAACUCAUCCAGGCCCUGCGUGAAGAGGAACCACUCAGUUCGGAGUGGUCCGUUGUGUUCCCCGACUUGCCAAUUUUGGCCGAAGAAAAAUACACCAGCCCUGCCGUUCGUAACACCGAGGGUCGCUACAGCGUGUCCGGCGAGCAAUGGCUCCAGGAACCGCUGGGAGACGAAUCCGUUGGGCGGUCAUUCUGUUGGCCGAUGGAAUGGCUGCCGAAAGACUUUCCCAACAUUCGCGUAAUCGGUUUGAACUACGAUUCCUCCCUGUCGCAGUGGUCGGCCAGUGGAUGUCCUUGCGAGAAGUACGAUGGAAAGUUGGAAAAACGCGCAGCAGAAUUUCUGCAGAAACUGGCAAACUCCGAGAUUGGCCAAGAUCGGCCCGUUGUUUGGGUCGGUCACUCGAUGGGAGGAUUACUGAUCAAAAGUAUUAUUGUCCAAGCGUCAACCAGUGAAAAUCCGGCUGUUCGCCGGAUAGCGGAGAAUUCACGUGCUAUUAUGUUCCUUGGAACGCCACAUCGCGGCAGUGCCGUAGCGAAGCUGAAACAGCACACUUCCGCGCUGAUUUGGCCUUCGGUAGAGGUUCGUGAGCUCGAGGAAAACUCCAAACAAUUGCUGCAUCUCAAUAAAACGUUCCUGAAAACGAUCGGUUCACUCAAGAGGAAACCGGAAAUCGUUAGCAUCUGUGAAGGAGUCCCCACGGCACUUACAUCAUUCAAGUUUCCCAUCCAUAUAGUCCCGGAAGUGUCCGCUCGUAUCGAUGAGGGUGAUUUCUAUAUGACUAAAGAGGACCAUCUGAACCUAAGCAAACCCAUGUGUCGGCAAACAUUCCUCUACCAGAGGCUAAUAAGCACAAUUUUUUGUGCGAUGCAAUCGGCCAAACACACUGACGAGGGACAGGAAGCGCACGAGAAAGUGUCCAGUGCCAAGGGAACCGAUGUUGGGAAGAUGCAUAGUUCCGUUUUCAGCGACGUUUAUCGGCAGUUGCGGCAGUUGGACAGGCUAUUCAAUAUAUUUCUCUAAAUGAAAUUUCCAUGCGCUUUCCCACUGUUUGGAGGUGAGAAUAUAUUGUUAAGUUUUAUGAUCUGAAAAAAACGAAGAAGUAUUUUUAUUUAUUUAUUUUAUGGAAUGUUACCAUGAAAUGGUACUAAAUACAUA